CGGACCUAGCCUAUACGUCAUAUGCUGCAGCUGUAAAAGUAAUUCGAGUACCAUGUUAAAUUUUAUUACCGAAUAUACUUGUAACAUUUAAUCAAUGAGUUAUGUUUUUUUACCGGACACUCAGUUUUUUAAGACAUGUUAUCAUAAGACCACUGGAGUGCAGCAAUCAAACACGAUGUUACUCUGUACCUGGUGUUGCAGGGAAGAUUAAAAAAAUUGGCAAAAAAGGUCCUGCCAUAGAAAAAAAAGUAUUGGAUGUAGAAACGGAUGUUGACAAAUUAUUAAAGUAUUGCUGCGGCACGAAUAUAUUGAAAGAAGGUGGCCAAGAUGUCGAAUUAAAACCAGAUUCAGAAUAUCCAGAUUGGCUGUGGACUAUCCGAACUGGACCAGCUCCACCGCUCGAAGAGCUUGAUCCAAAUACCAAAGUAUACUGGAGGAGGCUUAGAAGAGAGGGGCUUAAAAGAAACAACAUGCUAAAUAAGCUAAAACCUUUUUAAUUUUCAUUAAACAAGACAGAGUUUUUGAAAGAUUAAAUGCUGUAAGUGAUGAUAUUUUGUUA